GUGAGCGCUCUGUCACAGAGGAUCUUUGUCCCGGAGUGCGGAAUGGCAGGCAGCGUGUGGAGGUCAAUGCUGUCCCAAGUGGUCGGAGGGGCGGUGAGGAGACCUGCUCUGUCCUCAGCUUUAUUUUCCAGAGGGAUGCAGACGGUCACUCUGAUCCCUGGUGACGGGAUCGGACCAGAGAUUUCCACGGCUGUCAUGAAAAUCUUUGAGGCUGCCAAGGCUCCAAUCAGAUGGGAGGAGCGGAACGUGACGGCGAUAAAAGGACCUGGGGGGAGAUGGAUGAUCCCUCCCGAUGCGAAAGAGUCCAUGGACAGGAGCAAGAUCGGACUCAAAGGACCCCUGAAGACGCCCAUUGCCGCAGGUCACCCGUCCAUGAACCUGCUGCUCAGGAAGACCUUCGACCUCUACGCCAACGUGCGUCCCUGCGUCUCCAUUGAGGGCUACAAGACUCCGUACACCGAUGUCAAUCUGGUCACCAUCCGAGAGAACACGGAGGGCGAGUACAGCGGAAUCGAACACGUGAUCGUGGACGGUGUGGUUCAGAGCAUCAAACUGAUCACGGAGAACGCCAGCCGACGCAUCGCCGAGUAUGCCUUCGAAUACGCCAGAAACAACCAAAGAAACAGCGUGACGGCUGUCCACAAAGCCAACAUCAUGCGAAUGUCCGAUGGUCUGUUUCUGAGAAAAUGUCGUGAGGUUGCAGAGAACUACAAAGACAUCAAGUUCACUGAGAUGUACCUGGACACUGUGUGUCUCAAUAUGGUUCAGGAUCCGACCCAGUUUGACGUCCUGGUCAUGCCCAACCUGUACGGAGACAUUCUGAGCGACCUGUGUGCCGGUCUGAUCGGAGGACUCGGGGUCACUCCCAGCGGGAACAUCGGAGCAAACGGAGUCGCCAUAUUUGAAUCGGUCCACGGCACCGCCCCCGACAUCGCGGGCUUGGACCUGGCAAACCCAACCGCCCUGCUGCUCAGCGCCGUCAUGAUGCUGCGUCACAUGGGUCUCCACGAACACGGCAACAAGAUCCAGACGGCCUGUUUUGACACCAUCAGAGACAAGAAGGUGCUGACGAAGGACCUGGGAGGAAACUCCAAGUGCUCAGAGUUCACAGCUGAGAUCUGCCGUCGGAUCCAGGAUCUGGACUGAAGCUUCAGUGACGGAGCUGCUGUGGGAGCCGGGUCUCCGCCCACCUGACCCUCCUCCAUCACAGAUCCCCGCCUCCCCCAGUCUCCCCCCGCCCCCUCCCCCCAGCCUCUGUUUUUUCUUUCACCUGUGUUUACCUGUUUGAUGUCUUUGCUGUAAUGAUAUGAGAUGAUGUGGAGGGGGCGGGGCUUCUGUGGCAGCUACCUGUCAGUCACACAAUGAAACAUUCUCAGAAAACAUACGCACAACUUUGACAUGACCACGUUGGUAUGAAAUAAUUUCAGCAGAGUUUCUUACAGAGAAUUUCAUAUGAACAUGAAUGAUGACACACGUGUGGAUGACGUCGCUCUGCCUGUUGUGAUCCAGUGUAACCGUAACUGAAAUGUCCUCUUAUUUAUUGUUUCUACUUCCUGUUACUGUCUCCUGCUGCUCUUUAGUUGAGGUUUAUAUAAAGGAGGACGGAGACGUUUGCUCUCUGCUGUCUCUAACCACAAACACAGA